GGUCGACAACGACUCGACUCGACUCGAAGUGGCCUUUACAUGUCCCUGGCGGAUAUGAUAGGCGUCUUUCAAAGGACCGCGGGUCCUCGCCUCUUCUUGCAGAUACGCUGUAACUAACGAAUUGACAAGGAGAAUAUAGAUGAAGACGAACUUUAAAAUCUAAUGAUACGCCGUAAAAAUGAGACACAAAUAAUAUUUACUUACUUCGCCUGACUGCGCUAUUAGUGGCCCAUCACUACAAUUGCAAUUUGACUAAGUUCUUCCUCCUCAUGUCACACCAAGAACCGCCUAUGGACCACGAUCCGUCUGAGAUCGAUCCUAUAUGGACAUCAAGCCGUACAGCACGUCAGAUAUACGCUCUAGGUGAAGUCGAAAAAGACAUUACCCGUCUCCUAUUCCUUGCAGCAUCAUCCGUCUCCCUGCUCACUCUCCCGCAGACGGAUGAGCCCGAGGAUAACUACCCUCAAGGAGAAGAGCGCUCAGAGCAAUUCGUUCUAGAAGUGAGCGAGUACUUUGAGCGACUAGACUCAAUACAAGUCGCCAUUCGCUCUUCACUGGCUCACAUCCGCCAGUCACGAAUUGCCCCAUCCGCAAUCACAGCCCCCCAACUCGGUUUUGUUCCCCCUUCACUUGGUGUCGGUCUCCCACGAGCUGACGGGACCAGUCGAGGUUUGCAAGAAGAGCGCGUCGACCGAGACGCAUGGGUGGGCAUCCUUGACGCUCUGACACGCCUCAAAGCAACACAAGAGCACGAACGACUACAGACUUCCUCAAGCCAUGCAAUGGAUACAUGAGUCCAAACUAAACCUAAACUACAGUGAGCUACACGUUUUAUGCCGAGGCCUUCGAAUCCAAGUGUCUAUUAUAACGCAAUCGUAAGUCAAGGUCGUGUUA